AUGGACACAGUUGACAUACAUGAAGCUCCAACACAGUCGCGGCCUUCUCGCCGCAUUCGCGCCUGCAGGCAGUGUCGGACAGCCAAGGUGCGAUGCUCGGGGACGCGGCCUUGCGAGCGAUGCACUCGCCGCCGAGAUAAAUGCACAUUCGCUUCCGACGAGGCCCACGUCUCCGUCCCAGAGAGAUACCUUCAAGAUUUACAGCGUCAAAUCGCCCAAUUGAAGACAAUAUCGACAGGAACUACAACUUCAACUGCCUUGGGCAAGCGACCGGUAUGGCGGGGGUCGGUCUCGGCCUCCGACACCGAUCCAUCGGUGAUAACUCCGAGAUCUCUGGAUAGACCGGCGAGAACGGCGAGAACCACCGAGAUAGACCCACCAAACCACUGGACUUCGCCUUCACUUCCGCGCCGACACGAUAACGCGAAUAACUCUAGCACUCGCGGUUACCCUUCCACAUCAGUGAACCUGGGCACUGGUCCGACCGACACGAAUCAGCAUGAAUCAUGCAAUGUUCCGCAGGCCUUCAACCCUCUAGUGUCUAAGGAUGUGGCAUAUGUAAGCGGUUCUGAUGAUCGCCGUCUUUUAUUUCUUGGACAUACUUCCACGUGGUCCUUCUGCCGACGCGUCUUCACGCUCUUGGAAGAUGCUGGGUUAUAUUCGAGUACUCCUCGUGCACCUCUCAAUCUAGAUGGCGCAGCGUUCCGCCUCCGAUGGCAGCCAAAGGCCGAGGUUGAUUCAAGCGACCUGCUCAAACUUCCGCCAGUUGACCAAGCACUGUUUUUGUACAAUACAGUCAAGUUUCGCCUAGGCGAGAUUUUCAGUGUUGUCGAUGAAAGAAACUUUUUGCAGCGAUUCAAUGAGUUUCACAAACAUCCCUUGGAAACUGCACAGACGCACCGUCUCUGGUUUGUUGAGUAUCUAAUGCUGCUCGCGUUUGGGAAAGCAUUCACGUCCUAUAUUAAUACCACGGCCGCCGCGCCGCCUGGCUCUGAACUUGCUGUCCGAGCCUUAUCUCUACUUCCAGAUGUGGCAUUUCUGCAGGAUGACCGCCCCGCUUUGCUUGCGAUAGAGGUUUUAGCGUUAAUUGCUCUUUACUUUCAAUCAAUCGAUAUGCGAUCCCCAGCUUAUCAAUAUAUUGGCCAAGCACUCCGUCUUUCUUUCCAUGAUGGUCUCCACCGCAGAUUCCCGGAGGACAUCAUAGAAGCUGGUAUCGCUACACAUGCCAGCAAUGUCUGGUGGACAAUCUACGUUCUUGACCAGUCGCUCUCGGCUGGCCUGGGUUGCCCGCCUACAAUACCAUUGAAUAGUAUCACGACGUCUCUCCCAGAUGUACAGUCCGACUCGAUAUCUACAAAGGCACUAGCAUUAAGGAGUCGCCUUUCGCAGAUCAACUCCGUCAUUUAUAGCACUAUCUACAGCUUCGACGAUAAUCUAGGAUCUGACUUCGUUUCUAGCAUCACAUCUGUCUUGCAUAAGCUAGCCGAUGUUUCCCGCGAAAUAGAUGAGGUCAUAUCUAGUUUCAAAGCUAGUAAAGGUGAACUUCCCCAAAUGUUCUACAACAUCACCCUUUCGCAUCACCAUUGCAUUGUUCUUGCGACACGACCAUUGGUGAUGUGGCUCCUUAUUCGCAGUUUACCCCCUAGCAGAUUUGAUCCACAAAUCUUGUCUGGACCUAUAGCGAAGCUGCUUGAGAAAUCUUCGCAAUCUGCGACCACAACACUUCUCAUUUUGAUAAGUCUGUCGGAUCGAGAGAUGCUUGAGACAUUUCUUCCAUUUACUCUGGAGUACGCCUUUUCUUCAGCGGUGCUUCUUUCUAUCAUCGGUUCUAUCCUCCCAGCAUAUGUGCCAGACCCAGGGUGGCAAGGUGCGGUGUCGUCUGUAUUCGAAGAGAUGAUUCAAAAAGGGAAUGUUGUAGCAAAAUUACGAAGAGCCGAGCUCGAGCAUCUCGAAGUGCUUCUAGAACCUUAUCGAACGCAGGGCUCAGGCAUGCCCCUUCAACCACCCGCUGAUAUGGCAAAGGCAUGCGAAAGCGGAAACAUGCACCAAACCGUUUUGAGGAAUAGAAGAUUUGAUUUGCCUGAUGAACACGAGCAAAAUCUGUUCAGAAUAAAUUGGAGCAGCUCUGAUGACAUCCUGGACCCCUUUGAAACUGGCCCUGAUGAUAUACUCGCCCUUGCGGAGCAGCUUGAGCAUGAUAAUUUUUCUUUUACGAUUUGA